AUGGCUUCCAGCGACGCUGACGGGCACACGCCCACGGCCACGCCCGCACAAGGCGACCUGUUCCAGAAGUGCCGCGCCUAUCAGGAAUGGUUCGACAGCCAACUCGAGCUGCUCGGCUUCUACCCGUUCUUCGCUGCCAUUCAGGAGGUCCGCGGCACCACCGCGGUGAUCGACGGCCGCGACCUGCUGAUGAUCGGCUCCAACAACUACCUCGGAUUGUCGUGGGAUCCGCGCGUCAAGGAAGCGGCGAUCGCGGCGGUCAAGCGCUACGGCACGAGCUGUUCCGGUUCACGCUACCUGAACGGCACGCUCACGCUGCACGAGGAACUGGAGGCGGACCUGGCCGAUUUCGUCGGCAGGCCGGCCGCGCUUUGCUUCACCACCGGCUACCAGACCAACCUGGGCGCCAUCUCCGCCCUGCUCGGCAAGCACGACCACGUCUUCUCCGACCGAUUCAACCACGCAUCGGUGAUGGACGGCAUCUUCCACGCAUCGGGGAGACGGCUGGGCACGAUCAAGGUCCACCGGUAUGCCCACAACAGCGCCGAGGAUCUGGAUCGUUCCUUGCGUUCGGCGCCGGCCGACGCCGGCAAGCUGGUGGUCACCGACGGGGUCUUCAGCAUGGAGGGCGACAUUGUCCGCCUCGACGAGGUGGCAGAGGUCGCCCGGCGGCACGGGGCCCGCAUCUACCUGGAUGAGGCGCACGCGAUCGGCGUGAUCGGCGCCACCGGCCGUGGCACCGAAGAACACUUCGGACGGCCGCUCUCCGACCUGAUAAUGUGCACCUUUUCCAAGUCGUUCGGAUCCCUCGGCGGCUUCGUUGCAGGCGAUCGGGAGGUCGUCAACUACAUCAAGCAUGAAGGUCGCCCGCUGAUCUUCAGCGCCAGCAUGCCGCCGGCCAACCUUGCGGCGGCCGCGGCGGCGCUCAAGAUCAUGCGUGAGGAGCCCGAGCACGCGCAGCGGCUGCAACGGAUCUCGGCCCGGAUGAUCCGCGAAUACAAGGCCGUGGGGUUCGACGUCGAUCUCGCCGAGACGGCUAUCGUGCCGCUGAUCAUCGGCGACGACCACCUGACGUUCCGGUUCUGGCGAGCGCUGUUCGAGGCCGGCAUCUACGCCAACCCCGUCGUCACCCCGGGCGUGCCUCCGGGGAGGGCUCUGAUCAGAACCUCCUACAUGGCGAUCCACACCGACGAAGAGCUGGACCGCGUGCUGGAGAUCACCGCCGCGGUGGGGCGUCGCCUGGGGAUCAUCUGA